AGCAUGCAUUGUUUCUGUACCUCCCGCCAUCGGCCCGGCGACGUCAUUACCUUGCGCAGAUUAAGUUGCUGCAUCGGGAGUGUUGAUUUGGAUAUAAAACCCUAAAAUGUCGGGGUCUGUAGAACCACAGACUCUCCAGGAUCGCCUGGACUGUCUGCAGGAGCUCACGGAAUUCACUGAAAAAUGCAAAAAACAGAUUAACGACAUAUUUGAAACGCUGGGAUGGUCGCCCGAUUACAAGGACCCCAACCAGGAACCAAUGGAGCAGUGCCCCUAUGACCCUGGCCACAGAGUCCCGGUGAGGAGCAUGGAGAAACACAAAGCCUCCUGCAUGCUCCAAAAGAUGGGCUACUCAGCUGAGGAGCAGGCCGAGAUGUACGACCCUUCUGUAUGUUACGAGAACUGCAGCGUGAGAAGCUUUAUAAUGGACAAAUCCACCCAGCACCAGGUGAUCCUGAAGGCGAGAUCUGCUGCACCGAUGAUGAGAAUGGAAGGAGUCUUCUGGCAAGGUCAAUACUCCGGUCAGCCCGUCGACGUACCUCAGAACCACAAACGAGCCAUUUGUGACCUCACCGUUGCUGACCGAUUGGCUCUGUACGAUCAUGUGAUCACCGUCAAUCAACAGAAGGAAGCUGCCUCCUCCAGCAAUGAGGAUCUCUAUGUAGAUUUGGUGUCCAAACUCCAGAGGGAUGACGAACAAAAUGAACCCAAGACUCAUCUGGAGCUGAUGGCAGAGAUGAGAGACUACAAGAGGCGGCGUCAGUCCUACCGAGCCAAGAAUGUUCACAUCACUAAGAAGUCCUACACUGAGGUGAUCAGAGAGGUGAUUAAUGUCCAUUCAGAGGAACUUGCCAGACAGUGGAAAGACGAAGAGGACGAGGACGAGUCGACGAGAUCUGAACACUCCUCCCACAAGCGCUUGUUGGAAGAAAGACGGUCAGCAUCCUCAGAGUCUCACCACUCCCGCAACAGACGCCAUCGUAGUCGGGAGCGAAGCCACGACAGAGACGGCAAGAAGAAGAAGAAAAAGAAAGAGAGGGAUUCGCGUUCCCCAGAUAGCCGCCACCACCACGACCGAAAGAAAAAGAAAAAGAAGAAAGAGGAGAGGGAGAAGGAGAAGUGAGAGCGCUGGAUCAGCAACAACAGAAGUCAAAUCAGAUCAGGUCAAUGUUCAUCGUGGCCUUCCAAAAACGACAGGUGUCAUUACAUUUUAAGUUUAGAAACUGACUUUGGAAAGAUAUAAAUGGUAAUAAAGUUCUGGGAACCAACAACAUAAA